AUGUCUGAUACAGAAAGUGUCUUUCAACCUACGGGGAGCACUCACAACACAUUACACACCGAUGAAAUUUUGAAUGACCACAGGCACCAAAACACUGAUGCUGGCUCAGCAAUCAUUGAUGAUGACGAUAGCGAUCAUGAUGGUGCUAAUGUUGGUGUCACUGGCGCUGCAGGUGCUACGCGCACUGGUGACAAUCAUUCCGAUCCAGUGAGUACAACUCGUUUGAAAACACAAAGUACGGAACGCACCAAAAGUAGGGCAGAGUCUGACUUGGCUGAAGGGGACAAAAGGGGAUCAGCUCCCUUUGUUUCUGGUGCCACCAGUGGUAGAAAAAAGAGCACAAGAAGAGGGUCAACGCGAAAACUGUCAGUCUCUGAAGAUCCGCAUUCUUCUUCGUUCCAACCACCAUACAGCCAUUCACAGCCAAACAGAUCAUACAUGACUUCGUUACGCAAGGAUUUUUAUUUGAAAGAUGACGAAGACAACACAGCUUUGCCCGUUCCUAUAAUCCACAAUUCAACAAGUGGUGGAAAGGCAAGGACCAAGUCAACACUGGAAACGUUGGCUCCCAUCAUCAAGAAGAAGACCCAUCGCAGCAACUCAAAUAACUUGGAGGCUGACAUUCUGAGCCCAAUGACCAAGAUCAAAACGAAUGAGUCCUUUAUAAUCAAUAAUAAUGGAAAUGGAGAAGAAGCUAAAAUACGGAGGCCCUCGAGGACUUCCAUCGAUAGUGAAGCCGACUCGCAUGGGUCUAGAAGUUCGCAAGAAACUGAGGAGGAUGUUUGUUUUCCCAUGAUGAGAGAGCACGUCAAGGUGAAUGGCAUUGAUUUUGACGAAAUUGACGAAUUUAUCAGAGAAGAAAGAGAAGAGGCUGCAAUGCAACGUGACUUUUUAACAAAGAAUGAACUGGCAAUUGAGGAAAUCAGUCAUGAAAACUCGCGCAAGUUUGAAAAGUAUGGUCGAGGAAGUAGUGUAAACGGAAUUCCAUCGAACACUUCGGGCCUUAGUCGACAACCCACCAGCACUGCUGCACUCAAGUACACCCCAAAAAAUAUACUACACAGAACUGUUCAGCGUUCAAACGAAGUCCCCGAAUCAACAAGUACUACGUCAUCAUCGUUAGAAGAGCUCAAAGCCAGACAGGCUUUAGAAUCUGACGAUGUGUCAUCAGCAGAGCAAGUCAAAUUUGGUGGAGCUCGGAUCACCGAUGGAAUGAAUGGCACUUUGCCUGAUCGGUUCUCCUUUUUCCACUCCGAGUCCGAGGAAACGGUACAUGCACCUGAUAUUCCUUCCCUUGUUCCAAAUGGUGAAUCAAUACAAGAGCUUUUCCAUAAUGGAGAAGAAACUUGGUGGUUGGAUUGUACAUGUCCCACUGAUGCAGAAAUGAAGAUGCUAGCCAAGGCAUUCGGUAUUCACCCAUUGACAGCAGAGGAUAUUAGAAUGCAAGAAACUAGAGAAGUGGAGUUGUUUAAGAGUUACUACUUUGUUUGCUUCCAUACAUUCGAAGCAGACAAGGAGUCAGAAGACUAUCUCGAGCCUAUCAAUGUCUAUAUUGUUGUUUUCCGUGACGGUAUACUCACAUUCCACUUUUCGCCAUUGACACACCCAGCUAGUGUCAGGCGAAGAGUCAGACAAUUGAGAGAUUACGUUGAUGUCACGGCUGAUUGGUUGUGUUAUGCGAUGAUCGAUGAUAUCACCGACAGCUUUGCUCCUGUUAUCCACGGAAUAGAAUACGAAGCAGAUGCAAUUGAAGAUGCCGUAUUCACGGCUAGAGAGACCGACUUCAGUAACAUGUUGCAAAGGAUUGGUGAGUCUCGUAGAAAAGUGAUGACGUUGAUGCGGUUGCUCUCAGGAAAGGCAGACGUCAUCAAGAUGUUUGCCAAGAGAUGUCAAGAUGAGGCAGCAUUUGGAUACAAGGGAGCACAAUGGAAAGUUCCUCAAGGAGGGGGGUCUCCUUCUCAUUCAGUUCUGAAUGAAGCUUCUGGUGUUGGCACAAAUUCAAGAGACUAUGUGGCUGCUGACAACCAUGGGGUGGAAACCAACAAUGCUCGUCCCCGUGCCGAUAUCGCUUUGUAUUUAGGUGACAUUCAAGAUCAUAUAAUCACCAUGAUGCAAAACUUGAAUGCUUACGAAAGGAUUCUUUCCAGGUCUCAUUCAAACUAUUUGGGACAAUUGCAAUGUGAGAGCUUGGGAGAAAGCAACAAAGUUACCAAAUUGUUCUCUAAAGUCACCAUUAUUGGAACUAUGUUGAUCCCCUUGAAUUUGGUUACUGGUUUGUUUGGAAUGAACGUCACUGUUCCUGGGAAAGAUGCGAGUAUCGCUUGGUUCUAUGCAAUUCUAGGCAUUUUGAUUGCGCUUUUGAUUUUGAGUGUUGUUGUCGCACAUUUCUGGGUGAAGGGGAUGAUGUCUAGAGUUGACAAUAAUCCGCGCCCGGUACUCAGUCCUAGAAGGAGUUUCAAGAAUAUGAAGAUGAGAGGUUUUGACUUGAGAUCAGUUUAUAGCAAUGUGUAA